UUGCUUUUUCAUUAUGGCUUUGCUUAUUGCUUGCGGUAAGAGUAACCAAGUUAAUUUACAACAACGAUUAACUUCGAAUAAGGCUAGGCUAUAUAGAUAUUCAAGUUUUUCUCUUUUGUUUUAGGAGUUUCAAACAUCCCAAUCAAAUCGGGUUUAGCAUAGUUAAUCAAGAGCAUAAAUAUAAAUUUAUAGGAGGAUUUUUCCAUUGUCAAGAUUCAAACCCGGGUACUCUAAACAAUACAAGUACGGAGUAAUUCAUAAGGCAAAUACUAACAAGCGACCCAGAUUAGCAAGCUCGUACCAAUAAUUAUCUCACGAGUUGCGGAUUAACUUGGUAGACUAAUUAAGUUAAACAGUCAAACUACAAAGGUUGCCGAAAGAAAGAGAAGGAUGAGCGGAGCAGGAGUUCCAGACUUCUUCUACAGAGAAGCUCAACGACUUGGCUAUGUUGCUCGUUCUGCUUUCAAGUUACUGCAAUUGCAAGAGAAAUACAAGUUAAUUAAGCCAGGUUCAUCUGUGCUUGAUCUGGGCUGUGCUCCUGGCGCUUGGCUUCAGGUAGCUUGUCAGAGCUUGGGUCCUCUCAAAAAUGGUGGGACUGUUGUGGGUAUUGACUUAAAGAAGGUGAAAGUUCCCUCUACUUAUUGUGAUGCUAGGGUUCAAACUGUUUGUGGUGAUGCUAUGAGCCUUUCUAGGGACCAUAUCAGGUCACUUUCCCCUAAGAAGGGAUUUUCCGUCAUUCUAUCAGAUAUGUGUCCCUUAGUUUCUGGAAUCAAGUCGAAAGAUGCAGCCUUGUCGGCUGAGUUAGGCAUGCGAGCCCUUGACCUGGCUGUUGGAAGUGUUGCUCUUGCCCAAGAAGAUGCCGAGCCUGAUAUGAAAGAAGAGGCUGAUGACAAGGGCAUAUUGCUUCCUGGUGGCAACCUUGUCAUUAAGCUUUUGGAGGGUGAAGAUAUGAAAGAAUUUGGUCAAAUUUGCAAACCAAUCUUCAAAAAGGCAUCAUGUUUGAGGCCCAAAGCUACAAGAUCAACUUCAAGAGAAAUAUAUUUGAUUUGUCAAGGACUACGACCAUGAAGUUUGGAAUUUCUGAUAGGAAUUUGGUCAAAUUUGCAAACCAAUCUUCAAAAAGGCGUCAUGGUUGAGGCCCAAAGCUACAAGAUCAACUUCAAGAGAAAUAUAUUUGAUUUGUGGACUGCGACCAUGAAGUUUGGAAUUUCUGAAAGGGUCAGAUUUUGCAA